AUGCUCAGUGUCAAACUAAACACCAGCAUUUACCAAUAUAGUCCGACCGACGUACGCGGUAAGGACAAGCCCGACCGACAGUUGGUAUUUACUGUGUUCGUGCAGCUAAUGAGGUCGUCGAAUAUUAAAUUAUUAAAUCCAGCUGUUGAAGGAUUUAUUGUGAGUAUAUAAUAUUAUUAUAAUUAUUAUUUUACACGCAUUUUGGUAGACACUUACUACUAAUUAAUAUUCUUUGUAUUUUUAUUAGGUACCUACCGACCGGCCAGACUACUAGCGCGAUCUAGAGACAUAAUCAAUUAAUUUAAUCUCCCGCUCAUUAUUUAUUGUUUAAUCCCGAACACGAAUUAAAAUAUUUUACUUCAUGAUCCCGAAUAUACCUAUUAUAAAUUAUAUAUUUAUAUUAUAUUUAAAUAAUUUUAAUUUUUCCAUCGAAAUUUAAAUAAGGCAAUGACAGAUUGACAUGGGCAUAUUUUGUUUAUUAUUGUAAUUCUUAAAUUUAAAGUAUCACUCAAAUACUCAAAAUUAAUUUUUACUAUUUCUGUGCCUCGUUUAGACAAAUGUUUUAUUGAUAAUUUUUUAGGAACAUAUUAAUCAAGGUUUUUUAUUCCUAUAAUUUCACAUGAUAAUUGGAAAAAUCUUUAAAUAAGAGAUCUCCAGAAUAUGUGGGAAUCAUUUUCUAGAAAAUGAUGUAAUAGAUACUUGGGUAUCAGGUGAAGGAAACGACAAAUAUUCUGUUAGUAGACAUACCUAUUUUGUAGUUUUGCAAAUGUUGUCAAAAUCAAUCGUAAUAUUAUAAUAACUACACCUUCAACUCAAUAGUUGAUAUUUGAUAUCUCUAUUUAAGAUAUGUAUAAAAAAACCCCAUGUAUAUCUUAAUUAGUACUAUAUACUUAGAGAUUACCUAUAAUACAGUAGGUAUAGUAUUAUAACCUCGACACCGUGUCAAUUUUACAUCUAGAUGUGCAGACGUGUAAUUUAUAUCAGUAUUUAAUGUAAGCAUAUCUUCAUACUUAGAAUAAAAUUUAGUAGAUAUAAAUUAGUAUAGAUAUAAUUUAUAGUUUAUUUACAUAUUUGGUUUUUAUAGAUAUCCGGUUGGAUUGUUAUCUAUUUCCUCAAAGAUAACAGCAUUGAAGCUGUUCCUGAUACAUGGUUUUUAAACGGAAAAUGUACUUGGCCAAAAUCUCUUAAAACUGUUAGAAAAUGA